CGGUAUACUAUAAGCCAAUUCCACUAACUAACUUCCGACUGGCAACGCGCAGCAAUCCGCACAGAGCGCCACUGCAUUAGCAACGCGCGACCGCGUUACCCAUAAGCCAACUCGCCGCGCAUCGCUACUCACGCCUCAUUAAAGUGUCAUAAAAAGUUUCUGUUGUCAUGCUGUUACUGUGGUUUUAACAACAGCAAAAACAACAACAAAAGCAUCCCUACCCAUUUGUAACAGGAGCAAGAAAAAACCGAUUUGACGCCGCGCGCGCUAACAAUAGUAGAUUAUUAAAAGGAUUAGAAGAGUGUUGAAAGUCUCCGAACACAAUGCUUGGUCGCGCGCCAUGCAAAGGACACUAACAAGCAAAUGUCUUUGUUCCAACCAACAACAAAGUUAAAAGUUUUUUUGAGAAGCCAACAAAACACAUUUGAAGGCGGCAGUGUUAACGCAGGCGGCGGGCGCAGCACAAACGCUUGCUGUUAAGGCUAGUUGAAAUAUUAUCCCGUGGAAAUGCUGAAAGUGCAAAAUCACCGGGAUAAGUGCGCUUAAGCAAAAGCGACAUUGUUACAAUAACAACAACAACAAAAAAGGUGUCAUACAAACAAAGGUGAAAGGGUAGAUAGCGCAAACAGCGGUCGGUAUCCAAAAACCAAGGGCAUGUCAAGCGCAUAUGUGACAACCAAAAAUCUAACGGUAUUUGUCGGCAUGUAAAUGUACGCCACACACGCCGCCUAUAAAAGACAUAAAAAAUAACGAGAAAAGAACUGUCGAAAAUGAAAGCCACCGAGAAAAGUGUAGCGAAAUCACAGCUAAAACACUAAGGACACAUAUUAAAAAUAGAAUAAGAAACAAAAAAGGUGGUUAAAAAAUUGUCGUUGAAGUUUGAAAGACACGUUGCAACAGCCGCACACACACCACAGCGACAAAUACAGGCUGUAUGGUUUCGCAUGCUCAUCUGACGACACAGCAAUGGCAGCUGACGACUGUUGCCUGGCCGAUACGACGACUAACAAACGAACAAGCACAACGACUACAACAACAACAACAACACAGACAACCAAAACACAAACUGUUGUAACUGCAGCAAGCGCAACCGCUUACACCACCCCCUCCAGCGCUGUCUGUGCGGCAGCUUGUCAACGCCACACAGCUGCGACUGCAACAACAAAAAGAACAGCACACAGCAGCGACACGACAACAGCAGUAGCUCCAAUAAACAGCAAACCAGAACACAUUGAGCCGCAAUAAACCGCAUAGCCGACGCCGUCCACACCACAGACACUGCCACAGGCAUUGCAUACGUGAAGGCGCACACCAGCGCACGACGAGCGCAGCCAAGUGUGCGGCUGGCGGCAUUGCAAUCACAGCUCGAUACGGCUGUUGAUUGUGCGGCGCUUUUGGUGAAAGUGCUGGUCAACGACCAACAACCAAUUCAGCCACAAAACAACAAUAACAAGUAGACGUGCACGCAGUACCUAUCAGCAUCGGCUGUAGAAGAGAGGAAGAAGGGCAAAAAAUAAACACGAAAUUAAAAGUGCGAAAGAAUCAAAUAACAGUCCUUAGGCAAUACGAGGCGCUCUGAAAUUGCGAUUGACUGUGCAACAGUGUGCGUGAGUGCGUCUCUGUUGCUGACACUGUUGUGCCUGAUCUUUUUUUCUGUGAACAUUCACUGAACUCGCUUGUCCUUCGUAGACGUCGCUACGGUUCCGCUGUUUUUUCGCUUUGUUUGUUUGUGGUGCUGUGCCAAACAAGUCCAACAAGCAGCGCACUCUUCCACGCCUACCACGAAGACGACAGCUAGUAGCGUGGGCGUUGAAUGCGCGCACCAGUGGAUAAAAGCGAGCACAAAAAACGUCAACAAACACAUUACAAAAGAACGCGAAAAGCAAACAAAACAACGCAAAUAGCCAACGUACAACUGCCAUCGGUUGGCGUUUUCUACUUUUUUGCAAUUCUCUUCAAUUUUUAUUGGCUCACUCUCUUUCGUCGCUUUUAAAUUGACUUUGGAACAACGUUUCAACGAGCAUACGUUUGCGCGAUCUCCUCUACGGCCGCGUUGCCGGCCUCCUUUAGCCGUUGUCUGCUUUAAUUGAGUUGACUACUCGUACGAAUCUUCUCCGCAUCCGCAUCGUGCUCCCAACACCAGCAACCAGCAAGCAGCAGUUAGCAGCGAGCAAUAGUGUCAUAGAGAUGGCGUCAAAAUUUUGGUUGAAUGUUUGGUGUGCGCUGGUCGGCUGGUUUCCGUUGCUGGCGAAUGGCUACCUGAAUGUCUUCAUUAGCCAUCGCGAGGUCAUCAAAUUGAUGGGCUUGGAAGCGGACUUGUUCUAUGUGCACGAGGGCACCAUCAACACAUACGCCAUGCAUUUCACGGUGCCGGUGCCAGCAGAUGUGCAUGAUUUAGAGUUUUCAUGGCAGAGUCUGACCCCGUAUCCGCUGCCCUACACCAUCACAAUCGACUACGAGCACGAGCAGACCGCUUUGGCCGCGCCCACGCUCAGCAUACCCGACAAGGGCUAUGUGCCACAGCAGAUUGAGACAUUUCUGGUGCAUCUGCCGUGCACGGGGAAUGGCAAUAAGGAGGUACCGCUCGUCGUCAAUAUGCUCGUGAGCGGUCCGCCGCGCACUAAUGACACCAAAUUGCAUUUUAAACGGAAUAAAAUCUGCCUCAAAGGUUUAUUUCCUGUUCCGAAUCAAUCAGCGGCACCCGCCCAAGCGCCGUCGCCGGGUCACGCGCUCUUGGGUGCUGCGGCUUGUGCGCUCGGUUUGGUGCUGGUCGUCGGCUUGAUUGCGUCAGCCAUGUAUGUGCGCGCACGCAAGCAGAUACGCCAGGACUCGUUGCAUACCAGCUUUACUACUGCCGCUUAUGGCAGCCAUCAAAACGUUUUCAUACGCCUAGAUCCGUUGGGGCGUCCACCCAGCGCGAACAGUGGUUCCUAUGCGACUAUCGCUAGCCUGAAUAAGUACCCAUCGGAGUCGAAGAAGUCUUGCAACAUUUUUGACAGAUUUCGCAGCUCCACGCCGACACCCUCACCCUACGCGACCGCUCUACUGCCCGUGGGCGGCGAUCAAAUCGGCGAUACAAUCUACUCCAAACCAGAGUCGAUCUGUCCCUCGAGAAUAUCCUAUUACGCCUCGUCGCAGCUAACACAGGUCUACAGCAUGUCCACACCGAAGAGCAGUCGCGGCGGCGGCAAUGGCAGCGUUUUCGGUGGCGCUAGUUCCUCCGCCGGCAGUGGUAGUGAUCCCAAAGAAAAGCUACGUCGCAUACCCAACGUACAGCCGGGCACGCUUAUGUGCCAGCACCUUAUAAAGGAGGGCACCUACGGCCGCAUCUACGCGGGUAAUCUCGGUGACUCGUGCGAUGUAAUUAUCAAAACUGUCGUUGAUGGCGCCUCGCUGACGCAGGUGGCCUGUCUGCUGCAAGAAGCCUCGACGUUAAUCGGUGUGUGUCAUCCGAAUAUACUGACGCCUUUGUUGGCGAACACCGAGCUACCAGGUCCACCCGAGAUCGCCUACCCCUAUCCGUCCAAGGGCAAUCUCAAAAUCUUCCUACAGAAGUCGCGUGAGCUCAACUCGCCACUUAGCACCCGUCAACUGGUGGAGUUCGGUUUGCAUGUGACCAAGGGACUCGCCCAUCUACACUCGAUGGGUAUUAUACACCGCGAUGUUGCCACCCGCAAUUGCUAUCUUGAUAUGGAUUCCUACGUGAAAAUUUGUGAUAGCGCUUUAUCGCGCGAUCUCUUUCCCGACGACUAUCACUGCCUGGGCGACAACGAGAAUCGACCGCUCAAGUGGAUGGCUUUGGAAUCGCUACAGAAGAAAUACUUCAAUUCCUAUAGUGACGUUUGGACGUUGGGUGUUCUCUUCUGGGAGUUGGCCACAUUGGCGCUGACGCCUUUUGAAGAGGUGGAUAUUUUUGAGUUGAGCGCAUACCUCUCGGAUGGCUUUAGGUUGGGUCAACCGAUCAACUGUCCCGAUGAAUUCUUCACCGUGAUGUCCUGUUGCUGGCUGGAGGAUCCCAAGCAAAGACCAUCCUUUCCGCAACUACUCGCUUAUUUACAAGACUUUCACGAGGACCUGGGCAAGUAUAUAUAAAUUCAUGCAAAGCUCUUAAAGCGAGGAGUGUGAGAGAGCCUGCUAGGGCAAGGACAUUGCCCUCGAAGCGCUGCAAAUGUGUAAAUAGAUUGAAAGCCCGCCAAUAAACUUACAAAAAAUAGAAAAAUCUAUCAAAUUGAUUGGGCGUUUUAAAUUCAAAUUAGUUAGUUACAAAAAUACAACAACAAAAGUUAUGCAUGUGAAUGUAAAUAAAAAGCUACACAUACACACACCAACACAAAUACAACUGCAAUUGCAAUUGCAGCAUUCAAUUAUGCAAUGAUUUACAAAACGAAACCGCAAAAACACAAAAACAAAUAAAUGCAACAAAAAGCUGCAACUAAAUGCAUAGAGAGAGGAGAGAAAAACAUUAAGGUAUAUUUAAUGAAAUUAAUUAAACUGGGCUGCAUAAUUUUUUUGAUUUAUAAAACGUGACCAAACACACACACAUACUCAUAUGUAUGUAUGCCCGCACAUUUAUUGUUAUUGUAUUGAUUGUACGCAUUAUUAAGCGAGUAUUUAAAUGUAUUGUGGUAUAUUUUUUAAAUUUAAGCGGAUAUAUAUGUAUAUGGAAGAUAUUUUUUACACACCCAUUUACUAUGUAAGCAUUAGAGCAAAGGAUGGUAUGGCAUUUUAUACGGUGUAACGGUGAACAGCGCCAGUACAUACAUAAGUAUAUGUAAAUGAAAAAUUGUUGGAAAAAGUGCGAGCAAUCGAGCUGAUCGAAUAGUGAAAUGAAACACUGGUAGUGAGCAACAACAGCAACAACUAGUAUAUUUCAAUAUUUACAUAUGUACGUGGAUAUAAUA